AUGGUGAAUAAGAUCAGAAGGAAACGUGAAGUUAAAACCGUAAAUGACUAUAAGAUAAAGAACAGCAAGGUUUUGUUAACUCCUAUGAUGCAAGUAAGACUUCUUCUUCUUCAACUUAAUACUCUCCUACUAUAUGCCAAAUUACUCACAAUAUAAUAUACUCCAUCCCUAGUCCAUAAUCAAAACAAAAAAAUUUUUAGGUAACAAAAGCCAUUUAUGACUCCCUAAAAACCGCCACAAACAAAACAGAACUCCCCAAAUGGCAACAAACAGUCCAAAAACUAAUGGAUCAUGGCACCAAGAUCAAAAAGAAAAAGAAAAUCCUGGAAGAAUCAGAAGAAUCCCUAGAUGCAAUGGGUCUAAAAGGGCUCCAAAAACAAAUCAACAAAGACAAUAUUGACAUUGACGGCGAGCUAGAAGAGGUCCAAAAAGACCCAAACAAAAUGAAGAAGAUGUUAGAUCAGCUUCGGAAGAAAAAACAAAACACUCCAGAAGGCAAGACAAUAGACCUCAUCAGAAGCGCCAUGGAAUUAGGCUACAAAAUGGCUGGCCAAGACACAUCAAAGUUCUACAACAGCACCAUCAAGGUAGCAUCGCCAAAGUUUUUCGAACUAUUUCCAGAAAAAGAUAAUAACGACACAGUAAGCAAUAUUAUCAUUGAUAAAUAAAACAAAGUUCACUUACAGAUCAAGUUAAUCUCUCCUUCUUUGUUCUCCAUGCACGCCAGCAAUGAUCCCAUCGAGAAUUUGACCAGUAUACCGACUUUGAUGAAGGAAUUCGGUGGCCAGGACCAACAACAGUGGAUGGAUAUUAUAAUGGAAGCUGCUGGGAUCAACGAUCAUUCUGAAAUGUUAGCAGAGGUAAUAAAAACAUCAAAAUAUAUUUAUUUAUUUACAAAAAUAGCUUGAAUUACCAAAAAGAUUCUAAAAAAAUUAGAAAACAGAAUUUUGUCUGGGUCAUGUUUGGCCCUCUCGAGUAAAGUCUUUUCCUAAUAUAAAUUUGAUUUCGAAAACAGCUUUUUGUUACAGUAAACACAAGAUAUGUAAAAGAAUGAAAAACAACAGUUUGGGCGUGAAAACAAUGUAUUGUUUUAGAUGGCCAAUGAAGACAAAAAAGAGAUGCCAUCAGUGAUGGAGAAUAUAAAAUCGAUGGUGGACGAGAACGGUGUUCCUUUAUAUUCGACAAAAGAGAAUGCGACAACCAUUGGAGGGCAAUCUAAUGAAACUCUAGAAUAUUGGACUAAAAUCAGAAGCUCUUAUACAAAAGAUCAGGUAAAACAUAAUUUGGGUAUAAGAGUUAAAACUAAUUUAAAACCCAUAAUUUUGGUUAAUUGACAAAAGUAAUGUGUUUUUCUAUUUUCAGCUGCAGGAAAUGAACCAUGCUGGAUACACAGUGCUUCGUAAAGAUCAAAUUGAACUUUUGUACGGCCCUGACUCGGUGUACAACAACACAGAUCAGUAUAAUGCGUUGAUGAACACGACAGAAGAAGAGAUUCACGCCAAGAUAGACGAAGAGAUUCAUCUGAUGGCAGAAGCUGAAAGUUUUAAGCUUCGUCAAAAGGAUGUUGUUCUUUCUCCAGUUUCAUUCACAUUCGUCACUCUGAACCCGGGUAUUGUCUCUCAACCUUAUUAUCUGUCUCCAUUGAUAUUCGACCCUAUCAUACUAUCUCCUUCCAUUUAUGGUGCGGUGGUGCUCACUCCAUUCAUCUUCACGCCCUUCAUAAUUUCGCCGCGUAUUUUAGGUUGCAUUUUGUUGUCUCCAUGGAUUUUCGACCCGUUGAUUCUGACGCCUAUCGUGCUUCAUCCUUGUAUCUUGUCUCCGGGUUUCUUCGAUCCGAUUAUAUUGUCACCUCUCGUGUUGACUCCAUUCAUUUUGGCACCACAAGUGUUCACUCCUUUGAUAUUGAGUCCUUUGGUGUUUGAUCCAAUUAUUUUGAAUCCACUAGUAGGUGCACCAUUGAUAUUGUCGCCCUUUUUGUUAACUCCAAUUAUAUUAUCACCACAGUUCUUGGGAGGACUUAUCAUGAGUCCUUAUGUCUUGUCACCGGUUAUCCUGUCGCCUCUCACUGCUUUCGUUGCUGUUUUGUCGCCAAGUUUUCUUAGUUAG